AUGGCCCACCGCUCACCGUCUGGACAGGUGACCGCGAUCAGGCCCGUCUUCUGUCGCACCCUCUGGUGUUCUACUUGCCCCAAUAACAGCCCUCAGACGACCUGUCGCACCCUGCUUGACCUGUCGCACCCUACUUGCCCCAAUAACAGCCCUCCGACGACCUGUCGCACCCUGCUUGACCUGUCGCACCCUACUUGCCCCAAUAACUGCCCUCCGACGACCUGUCGCACCCUGCUUGACCUGUCGCACCCUACUUGCCCCAAUAACAGCCCUCCGACGACCUGUCGCACCCUGCUUGACCUGUCGCACCCUACUUGCCCCAAUAACAGCCCUCCGACGACCUGCCGCACCCUGCUUGACCUGUCGCACCCUACUUGCCCCAAUAACUGCCCUCCGACGACCUGUCGCACCCUACUUGCCCCAAUAACAGCCCUCCGACGACCUGUCGCACCCUACUUGCCCCAAUAA